AUGCCUUACCUCUGGGCCAUAAAGAACCUUUCGUUUUUAUUUUUCUCUCUCUCUCUUCUCUUUCUGCAUCUUUCUUUCAUUAAUCUAUAUUUAUUUUAUAAUUUAAAUUCAUUUUUUUAUCUCUCUCUCUCUUUCUUCUUACUUUUUGGCCCUCAUCUCUCUCUUUCUGGUCCCUCAUUUCUUCUUUUUUUCUCUCAUUUCAUUUCUCUUCUUUGGACCUCUCUCUCUCUCUCUUUAUAUCUUUCUUUUGAUCUUCUUUCUAUUUCUAGUUGCUUUCUCUCUCUUCUCUUUUUGAUCUCGGUUUCUUCAGUCUGUUUUCCUCUCUAUUUCCUUUCUCUCUUUUUGCAUUUUUUAAAUCUCUCUCUACUCUCUUUAUGGAUUUUCUCGGUCUGUUCCCUUUUUGUUUUUUUUCUCUCUUUCUUUUUGUCCUUCCUGUCUAACUUUUGUCUCUCUAUUUCUCUAAGGAAUAUCUUUUUUCUCUCUCUGUUCUAUCUUUUACAAAUUUCUCUCUCUCUCUCUUUCUGCUCUUUCUCGAUUGAGGCAGACACACAUAUUAACAAAUAUAUCGGAUUCUUUCUGUAUACAAAGAGUUUAUUGUUAUGCGAGAUAAUCUAUCUAUCUAAACUGUUCAUGAUCUAUGAUAAACUAUCAUCGAUCUCCGUGAGUAUCUUUCUUUAUCUGACAAUUCGUUUAACUUCUUGUUAUUUCUUUCUUCUUUAUUUUUAUUGCAGUGAAUUUCUUCCUUUUUUCUUUCUUUCUUUUUUCAUUCUUUCUUUCUUUCUUUCUUUCUCCAUUAUCUGUCUUUAUCUAUCUAUCUAUCUAUCUAUCUCUCUGCCUACUCCUAGACAUUUAUAUUCUUUCUUUCUUUCUUUCUUUCUUUCUUUCUUUCUUUCUUUCUUUCUUUCUUUCUUAUCUAUCUAUCUAUCUAUCAAUCUGCCUACAAUUAAACAUUUUCUAUUCUUUUGA